AUGAGGAUAAAUUUUUCAUCAAUUAUUGAAUUUUUAAGAGAAUUGUAUUAAUAUAAUUUAUUAAUUAAAAUAGUCCUUAAUAAAAUAAAUUUGAUUUAUUAUGUGUAGAUUGUUAUUAUAAUCCUUAAUAAUGGUAUUAGGAAUCAGUAUGUAAAUUAGAUUUAUUGGUUAUGUAAUAAAGUUUUUAUAGCUCAUAUCAAUUAAAAGAAAGAGAUAAAUAAGAUUAUGAUCAUUAUUUGAUUGGUUUAACUUUUACUUUAAAAUUACAUGAAAAUUUAUAAGAAUAUUGUAAUCCAUUAUUAGAAGAUAUAAAUUGUGAUUAAGUAUAAUACUUUCAUCUAGGAAAACAAGUUUAUGUAAAAUGUAAACUAAAUUAUUUCUAUUUUGAUGAUGAUUGUCAUAGAGUGAAUUCUACUUGUUAAAGUGUACAUAAAUUAGGGAAUUGCAUAUUUUGUAAAUCUGGUAUGUACUUAAAUGAUAAACUUUAUCCCUAAUGCCCUGAAGAUUGUAAUUAAUGCAAUUUUAAUAUUUAAACAUAAUUGCCUAAUUGUAUAUCCUGUAAUGAGAAAUUUGCUGUGUCACAUGGAUUUUGUAAACAAUGUGGUUCUUAUUGUUAAGUUUGUUAAGAUUAUUAUGAUGAAAUAAUGGACUCAAAUUAUCUGAAAUGCUAUUGA